UAAAACGAGUUUUUGGUUCAGGAAUUUCUUGAAUUCCCGAUCUGCCAAAUUAGGGUUUCGGAGUAUCCGGAAGCCGGAUUGAGCCCAAAUUUCAUAUACGAGCUUCCUGCAGCGAGGUAAUCAAUCCUCUAGUUCUAAUCCCUGAAUUUCGGCUAUUAUUUAGGCCGGGGUCCAAACCGCUGAAUUUAGCUCCGGCCAGGGUUUGAUGUGUUUUUAUCGAGAAUUUGACCCGGAGCCCAGAACUAAUAUUGACGGGGAUACUGCAGGGGAUAUUAGGACGGUCUCGGAUUUUAAUUCGGGGUUCGUUCGUGAAAUUGACAUUUUAGUACGGGAAGGUUAAACCGGUGUUUGAACGACCAGAACUGGUGAGGGAUUGGCACGGCAUACCGGGUUUGUCGUAUCAUGAUAAUUAUAUUGAUGCUUAGAAUUGAUCUAGGUGAACUAGAAUGGCAUGAUUAGGGGUGUAUGAACUUUUGUGCUAUAUGUUGAACCCUGGAUUGCUGUAUGAUAUUAUUGACUUGCCCUAAUCGAUAUGAACCUUGUUUAUGCGGAUGAUUGUGUAUAUGUUGCAAAUUGUGGGCUUGACUGUUAAUAUGCUUUACGAUGGUUCGAGAAGGUGAUUAGGUAUGAUUUUUCAUGAUUGUUGUAUUUGGAUGCACAAGUGGGAAAAUAUAUAUUCCCAGGGUGAUAUUAUGAUGUUUAAUGAGGAUGACUUGCACGAGGGUUUAUCCCGAGGAAGUGCAAUUAUACGACUCCUGAUUUACCUAUGUUGAGCCAAUUAUGGUCAGGUCAAGUACAUGUGCAAGUAACGAAUUGUGAUUAAGCAAGAUGAGAUAUGAAUCAUGUACAAGGAUACCAAAUAUGAGUGUUGUGGUCUCAUGGUCAACUACAUAGUAAUUAGGGCUCCCUAUGCUAUUACUCUAUUAUGAUAUGUAUGAUAGUCACACCUCUCAUGUGGUGGUGACUGAAGAAUUCUUAUGAGAUAUGACCACACCCAGAGCGGUGUCGGGGUAUGACUACACCCAUAGUGGUGUGGGGUAUGUAUGACCACAUCCGACGGGAUGUUGGGGUAUGUAUGACUACAUCCGACGGGAUGUGGGGUAUGUUUCCCGGGAGAGUUAUUAGCAUGGGAGUAGCCAGGCGCCUAUGAUUAAAACAUGAUAAGAUGCAUAUGCAUAAGUCAAAGUGGUUGAGUCUUUUGCUUAUUGGGAUAUGAGGAUGGCUGAGGUCCGAUCCUAGUGUUUUGGCUUGAUUGUUAGAUGUAUGAUAGGGGUAUGCUAUGUUAUGAACUCACGAUGCUAUGAUUAUCUCACUCAGCCAUGAGCUGACCCUCUUUUAUUCUUCUUCUCUGCUUAUGCUAUGUGUAAGCAGAUCAUCAGCAGCAGCAGUAGAUAAGUGUUAGGUGGGAGAGGAGCUAGAGUUGAAGCCAGGAUGAGGUAUGGUCUUCAACUAUUCUGUGCUUGGACUACUACUCGGGAUUUUGGCCAGUGAUCCACACCUUUUUGUAAAAAAAUGUUUUGAGAACGUUUUUCAUGUGCAUACUAGCUUCUGAUGUAGUGUGAGAUAUCCACAGGUGUGGAAAGUUAAUGAUAUGUGUAUAUGUUGUGUAACUGUGUAAGUUGUGACGAUUAUGGCUUGUAUUAGUAUGAUAUGCAGUUGUGUAGUAUGAAACUGUGACUAUGGCUACGAAAGCCAAUGCAUAUGGUUGUGAGUAUAUAUGUUUGUGAUGAAUUAUUUUGCAGGAUAAGUUGCAAGAACUGUUAGCCCAUUACGCGAGUAAUUCAUGUCGAAAUUUUAUUUAGGUAAAUUUUGAUAAUUAUUGUAACACCCGAGAUUAAUUCCGCUGCAGUUGUAUGAACAGUAUGAUUAGGCAAAACAUAUAGGGUAGGGUGUUACAGCUACAGAUCACGAAUUCGGCACUAGUCUAUUCUCUAUCGAUGAUGCAGUCUAUUGAUCCUAUUAUUUGCUGAUGCUUAAGCUCAUUAGACACCGAUUUGGGCAGAUUUUUUUUCGGAUGACAUUUUCGUAAUUUUUUGGAAAUUUUUUUUUAAAGGCAAUUUUUCUUGAAUUUCGAGGGCUAUAUAUCACGGAUUCGGCCCGAGGCUAUUCUCCACCGAGGAUUAAGUCCAUCAAGUACCGGUUUGGGCGGAUUUCUUCCGAGUCCAAUUUUGGCAUAUUCAAAAGGGGUACCAUCAAGAUUUCGGGUGAUUUUUUCGAAAUAUCAUUUUCUUCCCAUUUGGAAGGCUAGAUCACAGAUUCGGCUUGAGGUUAUUCUCCACCGAUGAUGAAGUCUAUUGAUCCUAUUCGCCGCCGAUGCUUAAUCCCGUUAGGCACCUAUUUGAGUGCAUUUAUUUUCGGAUGUCAUUUUCGUACUUUUUGUGCUAUUUUUUUCGAAAGGCCAUUUUCCAAGGAUUUCGAAUGCUACAGAUCACGAAUUUGGUUUGAGGUUAUUCUCCACCGAGGAUUAAGUCCGUCAAACACCGAUUUGGGUGGAUUUAUUCUGGGUCCAUUUUUUGCAGAUUCCAAAGGGGUACCAUCACUGAUUUCAGGUGAUUUUUCCGAAAUGCUAUUUUCUUCUGAAUUGGAAGGCUAGAGAUCACGGAUUCGGCCCGACGCUAUUCUCCACCGAUGAUGAAGUCUAUUGAUGCUAUUCUCCGCCGAUGCUUAAGCUCGUUAGGCUAUGAUUUGGGCGGAUUUAUUUUCGGAUUGCAUUUCGCAAUUUUUUAGGAGAUUUUUUUCAAAAGACCAUUUUUCUUGGAUUUCAAAGACUAUAGAUCACGGAUUCGGCCUGAGACUAUUCUCCCCCGAGGAUUAAGUCCGCCCAGCACAAAUUUGAGUGUAUUUCUUUCGGGUCCAUUUUUGGCAGAUUCCAAAGGCGUACCAUCACAUAUUUCAGGUGAUUUUUCCGAAAUGCCAUUUUCUACCGAUUUGGAAGGCUAGAGAUCACGGAUUCUCCCAAGGCUAUUCUCCACCGAUGAUGAAGUCUAUUGAUCCUAUUCUCCGCCGAUGCUUAAGCCGAUUAGGCACCGCUUUCGGCGGAUUUAUUUUUGGGCAUUUUCGUAAUGUUUUGGGCGAUUUUUAUAAAAAAGGCCAUUUUUCUUGGAUUUCGAAGGCUACAUAUCACGGAUUCGGCCUCAGGCUAUUCUCCACCAAGGAUCAAGUCCAUAAAGUACCAAUUUGGGCGGAUUUCUUCCGAGUCCAUUUUUGGCAGAUUCAAAAGGGGUACCAUCACAGAUUUCGGGCGAUUUUUCCGAAAUAUCAUUUUCUUCCCAUUUGGAAGGCCAGAGAUCACAGAUUCAGCUUGAGGUUAUUCUCCACCGAUGAUGAAGUCUAUUGAUCCUAUUCUUCGCCGAUGCUUAAGCCCAUUAAGCACCGAUUUGGGUGCAUUUAUUUUAGGAUGACAUUUUCGUAAUUUUAUGUACGAUUUUUUUCGAAAUGCCAUUUUCCUUGGAUUUCGAAUUUUACAUAUCACAGAUUCGGUUUGAGGUUAUUCUCCAUCGAGGAUUAAGUCCGUCAAGCGCCGAUUUGGGUGGAUUUAUUCCGGGUCCAUUUUUAGCAUAUUCCAAAGGGGUACCAUCACAUAUUUCGGGUGAUUUUUCCGAAAUGCUAUUUUCGUCCGAAUUGGAAGGCUAGAGAUCACGGAUUCGGCCCGAGGCUAUUCUCCACCGAUGAUGAAGUCUAUUGAUCCUAUUAUCCGGCGAUGCUUAAGACUGAUAGGCUCCGAUUUGUGUGAAUUUAUUUUCAGAUGACAUUUUCGUAAUUUUUGAUCGAUUUUUUUCAAAAUGCCAUUUUACUUGGAUUUCGAAGGCUACAGAUCAUGGAUUCGGCUUGAGGCUAUUCUUCACUGAGGAUUAAGUCCAUCAAGCACUGAUUUGGUCGGAUUUUUUCAGGGUCCAUUUUUGGCAAAUUCCAAAGGGGUACCAUUACAGAUUUCAUGUGAUUUUUUCCGAAUGCCAUUUUCUUCCAAUUUGGAAGGCUAGAGAUCACGGAUUCGGCCCAAGCCUAUUCUCCACCGAUGAUGAAGUUUAUUGAUCCUAUUCUCCGUCGAUGCUUAAUCCCAUUAGGCACCGAUUUGUGCGGAUUUUUUUCCGGAUGACAUUUUCAUAAUUUUUGGGAGAUUUUUUUCAAAAGGCCAUUUUCCUUGAAUUUCGAAGGCUACAGAUCACGGAUUCGCCCUGAGGCUAUUAUACACAGAGGAUUAAGUCCAUCAAGCACCGAUUUCGGCGGAUCUCUUCCGGGUCCAUUUUUGGCAGAUUUCAAAGGGGUACCAUCACAGAUCUCUGGUGAUUUUUCCGAAAUGCCAUUUUCUUCCGAUUUGGAAGGCUGGAGAUCACGGAUUUGGCCCGAUGCUAUUCUCCAUCUACGAUGAAGUAUAUUGAUCAUAUUCUCCGCCGAUGCUUAAGCUCGUUAGGCACCAAUUUGGGCGGAUUGAAUUUCGGAUGUCAUUUCCGUAAUUUUUUUGGCGAUUUUUUUCGAAAGACCAUUUUCCUUGGAUUUCGAAGCUACAGAUCACGGAUUCGGCCUGAGGCUAUUCUCCACCGAGGAUUAAGUCCAUCAAACACCGAUUUGGGCGGAUUACUUCUGGGUCCAUUUUUGGCAGAUUCCAAAUGGGUACCAUCAUACGUUUCGGUUGAUUUUUCCGAAAUGCCAUUUUCUUCCGAUUUGGAAGGCUAGAGAUAACGGAUUUGGCCCGAGGCUAUUCUCCACUGAUGAUGAAGUAUAUUGAUCCAAUGCUCCGCCGAUGCUUAAGUUCGUUAGGCACCGCAUCGAUUUGGACGAAUUUAUUUUCGGGUGACAUUUUUCCAAAUUUUUUUUGCGAUUUUUUUCGAAAGGCCAUUUCCUUGGAUUUCGAAGGCUACAGAUCAAUAAUUCUGUUAGAGGCUAUUCUCCACCGAGGAUUAAGUCCAUCAAGCACCGUUUUUGGCUAAUUUUUUCUGGGUCCAUUUUUUGUAGAUUCCAAAGGGGUACUAUCACAGAUUUCAGGUGAUUUUUUCGAAAUGUCAUUUUCUUCCGAUUUGGAAGGCUAGAGAUCACGGAUUCGGUCCGAUGCUAUUCUCCACCGAUGAUGAAGUAUAUUGAUCAUAUUCUCUGCCGAUGCUUAAGACCGUUAGGCACCGAUUUGGGCGGAUUUAAUUUCGGAUGGUAUUUUCAUAAAAUUUUUGGCGAUUUUUUUCGAAAGGAAAUUUUCCUUGGAUUUCGAAGGCUACAGAUUACGGAUUCGCCGUGAGGCUAUUCUCCACCGAGGAUUAAUUCCAUCAAGCACCGAUUUGGGCGGAUUACUUCCGGGUCCAUUUUUUGCAGAUUCCAAAGGGGUACCAUCACAGAUUUCGGUUAUAUUUUCCGAAAUGCCAUUUUCUUCCGAUUUGGAAGGCUAGAGAUCACGGAUUUGGCUCGAGACUAUUCUCCACCGAUGAUGAAGUCUAUUGGUCCUAUUCUCCGCCGAUGCUUAAUCCCGUUAGGCACCGAUUUGUGCAGAUUUUUUCCCGGAUGAUAUUUUCGUAAUUUUCGGGCGAUUUUUUUCAAAUAGCCAUUUUCCUUGAAUUUUGAAGGUUACAGAUUACAGAUUCGGCCUAAGACUAUUCUACACCGAGGAUUAAGUCCAUCAAGCACCGAUUUGGGCGGAUUUCUUUCGGGUCCAUUUUUGGCAGAUUUUAAAGGGGGUACCAUCACCGAUUUCGGGUGAUUUUUCCGAAAUGUCAUUUUCUUCCGAUUUGGAAGGCUAGAGAUCACAGAUUCGGCCUGAGGCUAUUCUCCACCGAUGAUGAAGUCUAUUGAUUCUAUUCUUCGCCGAUGCUUAAGCCCGCUAGGCUUCGAUUUGGGCAGAUUUCUUUUCGAUUAGUAUUUUUGUAAUUUUUGGAUGAUUUUUUUCAAAAGGCCAUUUUCUUGGAUAUCGACGGCUACAUAUCACAGAUUCGGUCUGAGGCUGCCAUCACUAACCAAGAUAUCUAAACAUUGAUUGCUAGUUACAGAAACAAUGCAAAAUGGUUUGUCGAAUAUGGAUACUCGAGAAUUAAACUGUAUGAGGAGCUAGAGCAAAUGUCUCUACAACAUAUCCAAACCCAGGGCUUAGGAUAUGGUCAGCAACUAUUGGUUACUGACCUAUGAGUAACUAAAUAUGUACCCUUAGAUCUAAGUGAGCCUAGAAAAUCUAGAUCUAACUUCAAAGGGUUGUCAAUUAAAGAUAUUUUAUUUUACCUAGUUUUCUUUAUCGGCUCUUAUCUUCUUCGUUCUAACUCGGAUUUCAAUUUUUUUGCACAGAUGUAACUAGUUCGUUGUGCUCUACAAAAAGAGAUCAAUUUUGAAUAUAUUUCGAGAAUUUAUUUUUACCAACUACAUACCAUAUGGUAAAUUUUUGGUUUUUAAGUCGUUUUUGAAAACGUUUGCUGAGAAGGAACGAGUUCAUCUUGAUUUAUCGGAUCUACAAAUUUCCGGGUGAAAAAAAUACUAAACAAAAAAUUACCAUAUUUUACCACUAUGGUAUGUGGGUGGUAACUUGUAGUAAACAAUGAUGAAAGUCAUAAAUAACAGUUAGUAUACUCCUACUAUCAUGUAUUCAACCUUCUUAUCAUAUGUCCAUAUUGGUAUGUUCGUACCAUCAUGGUACGCUUUCUUACCAUAUGGUAUUAAAUAUGAGCAUACAUAUGGUAAUGACUGGUAAAAAAUUAUUCAAUUUUUUUGUACUAAAAAUAUACAAAGUGAAUAUCAUUUUAAAUAGCACAUUUAAUCUGAUUUAUCUGUGAAAAAAAUUUAAAUUGCGACUUAAAACGAGAGAGAAUUCGUCCGUUAAAGAUUAAAGAGAAAAUAUAAAAGACUUUUCAGGAGAGAGAGGGAUACUGAUAUCAUGCUAAUGUGGACGAGUUACUCAUAGUUACUGACCAUAAGGUUACUAACCUCAUCCGUUCCCAAAACCAGACCGGUCAAGGAAUAUGGUUUGACAAUGUUGGAUUCAAUUUCGGUUUGCAAACAUACUCAGUUGGGUCAAUGCUUGUUAAUCCAAAUUCAGGAUUAUGUAAUUAACCAAUCGAAGUUUUAUUAUUUGCAUUAUGGUCCCAAUCGUCGAAUUUCUUUUUGAGGACGUGGAUAAUGAGAGCACCAUUUAGCGUGCAGCCCACGGGCGCCAGAAGCGACCGACUCCAAGCAGAACUCUCAAAGCCUCCGUUGUGGGCCCAAACGGUAACAGCCCAAUUAAAUUCAUGUCUUCUCUUCCCUAACGUCAAGGCCACUUUUCCCCCAUCGUCCCGCCGUUUCCCACUCUCCAGCGUUCGUCUCUCUUUCUCUCGCUCUCUCCUCCAGCCUUCUCCCCCAAGCUUUAGGGCAAUCUCUCCCUUCCUUCUUUCCUUCCCGGAGUGAAACGGGCAAUUCCCCCUCAACGCCGAUCGCCCAUUCCGGCAAUCAGCCUGAAGCCCCAACCUGAAAGAAGAUAACGACUCCGGGACAGCUGGGAGGAGAAUCCAUGAAAAGAUGCUAGCUGCCGCCGCGGCGUUGGCUUCAUCAACUAGCUCCCGAGAUUCCGGAUCGCCAUGUCGAGAUUUUUGACGUUUGGAGCCAUUAAGAGGAUUGCAAGUUCAGUUGCUGAAAGCCAGAGCAAUAGUAUUUCAGGGUAUAAGAGGUAUGGAACACUAGCCCAGCUGGGCUCUCAUCUUCCCCAUUUUAGACACUCUGCUCGUUACCAGCUCCCACAAGUGGGAUCUUCUGCCUUCACCAGGCACGCAGUCAAACAGCAUUCCCAGUGUGGUCUCAUUUCUCGGCCAUAUUAUGGAUCUUCACCUGCUAAACUUUUCGUCUACAAUGCCCAUCUUGCAUGGAGGAGGCUCCUUGCAAGAGGCUCUCAUGGCAGUGAUCACCCCACGGUUAUAAGCAGGAUAGCCCAAGCAGUCAGCUUGGCUUUAACAAGAUCACCUCUAGUUGUCUCUGGUGCACUGGCACUUACGUGUGGGCAAAUGGCAUGGGCAGAGAGAUCAAUGGCCGACUCCUUUCAGUAUCCAUACCCCUUGGCAAGUUCACUAUACAAUCGUGCACAAGACGGGCGGGCUUUUGUCACAUCACUAGUAUACUCUGCUGUGGAAGGUGUCAUCUUGCUUGUCAGAGCCUUCUACUUGACCAUCUUGUUUACCCCAAGCAUAGUCAUGGCACCAUUUGUUGACUUGUUUGGACCAGGAUUCAGGCGCUAUUGGCUUCAUGUCGUCCUUCGAACACUUGAAAGAGCAGGUCCAGCAUUCAUAAAAUGGGGACAAUGGGCAGCUACACGGCCUGAUCUCUUCCCUCGAGAUCUCUGUACCAAGCUGUCGGAGCUACACUCAAAAGCUCCCGAGCAUAGCUUUGCCUACACAAAAAAGACAAUUGAAAAAGCGUUUGGUCGUAAGCUAAAUGAAAUCUUCGAAGGGUUUGAGGAACUUCCUGUGGCAUCUGGAAGUAUCGCUCAGGUGCAUCGGGCAUCUUUGAGAUUCAGGUACCCUGGUCAGAAGCAGGCGAAGCCUCUUGUUGUGGCGGUCAAAGUUAGACAUCCUGGUGUUGGCAAUUCAAUUCGUAGAGAUUUCACUAUCAUCAAUGUGGUAGCAAAGAUGUCGAGAUUUGUCCCGGCUUUGAAUUGGUUGAGAUUGGAUGAAAGUGUACAGCAGUUUGCAGUUUUUAUGAUGUCUCAAGUUGAUCUUGCUAGGGAGGCUGCUCACUUGAGCAGGUUCAUAUAUAACUUCCGGAGUUGGAAAGAUGUAUCCUUCCCUAAACCAGUGUAUCCCCUCGUGCAUCCAGCUGUUUUAGUGGAGACUUAUGAGCAAGGGGAGAGUGUUUCCCACUACGUGGAUGACCUGGAGGGACAUGACCGGGUUAAAGCUGCACUUGCCCAUAUUGGGACUCACGCACUUCUGAAAAUGCUUCUGGUUGACAACUUUAUCCAUGCAGACAUGCAUCCUGGGAAUAUUCUUGUGCGGGUGGCGUCUCAGACCAAGCCCUCUGGGAAAAAACGGCUUUUCAAGUCAAAGCCUCAUGUCGUUUUCCUUGAUGUAGGCAUGACUGCUGAACUUUCGAAGAAUGACAGAGUGAAUCUACUUGAGUUUUUCAAGGCUGUUGCUCGCCGAGAUGGACGCACUGCAGCAGAAUCUGCAUUGCUGUUAUCGAAACAGCAGAAUUGUCCUGAUCCGAAGGCUUUCAUCGAGGAAGUGGAAGAGGCAUUCACAUUCUGGGGAACUCCAGAAGGAGAUUUGGUUCAUCCUGCUGAAUGCAUGCAGGAACUACUCGAGAAAGUAAGACGACAUAAGGUCAACAUUGAUGGAAAUGUCUGCACUGUCAUGGUGACAACUUUGGUUCUCGAGGGAUGGCAAAGGAAGCUCGACCCCGCGUACAAUGUGAUGAAAACGUUACAGACGCUGCUUCUUCGAGCUGAUUGGGCUAAGUCCCUAUCUUACACGAUCGAAGGGUUGAUGGCCCCAUAGAAGAGAAAGAAGGUUAUUACAGGUUGGAAACAAUUUUGUAAGUGUUUAGGACCACUAAAGAGUUCACUUGCAGUCUAAGAAAUAACGAUAACUCUCUCAGGGAUGUAUCCAUCCCUCCUGAAGCUUUAGAUGAUUCUUUGUAAUUUCCUUCAACCUUUAGGAAUUCUUCCUUUUCUUCUUUGUUUACUUCUCACUUUUUUCUUUUGUUUCCCGUUUCUUUCUGGGUCUUUUUGUCUGUACUUAAUUCGAUCGGUUUUUCCAGACAAAGGAAGAGCAACAGAGAAAGUAAAGAGAAAAUAAGUGAUGCUAGUUCUUUUAGUAUAUCAUCUCUUACCCUAGGAAGAACUAAAUCUUCCCAUUUAUCGGCAUUAUAUAUGUAAAUCCUGUGCCUAAUAUCCCAUUCCAUUCAUCAUAUUGGUUGUAAAAACUGUAAUAAAUAAUUUCGCUUCGU